GGAGUCAGGAGGUUUCAAGUUAAGGAAGUGGUGCUGCAAUAUUCCUGCAGUUUUGGAAGGAGUUCCCACGGAGAAUCUAGCAAUCCAGGAUACCAACGGAGUUGAAUUAGAUUCCGACCAAACUGUUAAAACUUUGGGACUGACUUGGAUGCCCAUUACUGAUACACUCCGAUUUCAAUUUCAAUUUCCUCCGCUGGAAUUGGACGUUCCACUCACCAAACGGCGAAUCCUGUCGCUGAUAGCCACCCUUUUCGAUCCUCUUGGUCUUAUCGGUGCCACGACGGUAUCUGCCAAGAUCUUUAUGCAACAACUUUGGACGCUGCAAGACGCAAACGGCAAAGGUUUGGACUGGGACCAACCAGUACCUCCAACGGUGGGUGAGGCUUGGCGUAAGUUCAAUGAAAAACUCCCACUUUUAAAUCAAAUCCGCGUAAAUCGCUGUGUGAUCAUCCCAAAUGCUGUUUCGGUUGAGCUACAUUGUUUCUCGGACGCCUCCGAGAAGGCUUAUGGAGGUUGCGUCUACGUCAGAAGUCAAGAUUCAAACGGUACAAUCCAGGUACGGCUUCUUUCAUCUCGAUCGAAGGUAGCUCCACUCCGAUGUCAGUCAAUCCCAAGACUAGAGUUAUGCGGUGCACUUCUCGUCUCACAACUAUUCGAGAAGGUCAGAGAUUCUACUAGAUUAUCGGUUCCAACAUACUUCUGGACAGAUUCAACGUGUGUUCUGCGAUGGAUUGCAGCCUCUCCCACUACUUGGACUACAUUUGUGGCAAACAGAGUAGCAAAGAUCCAGAUCCUUACCGAGGGAUGGCACUGGAAACACGUUGCAGGCGUAGACAACCCGGCAGAUCUGGUAUCCCGUGGAGUUUCACCCGAACAUAUUAUUCAUAACGAACUGUGGUGGGAAGGUCCAGAUUGGCUGAAGAGAAAAGAAGAAACAUGGCCCGGAAGGAUUACAGAAGGCUACGAAGAAGGAGAUGAAGAGAGACGUCGCACGGCGGUUGCAUGCACGAUGUCAACAGUUGCCGAGUUCAACAACUUCUACCUCAGCAAGUUUGGAUCAUUUGCAGAUCUCAUUCGGCGCACAGCGUAUUGGAUAAGGUUGAUGAAAUUCUUACAGACUCCAAGAGAAGAACGUUCUGGACAUUGUUUCCUAACAACUACCGAAUUGAAACACGCCGAGCAAAUCAUCAUUCGAAACGUCCAACGAGAAGCAUUUUCGGAGGAAUGGAAGCUCUUGAAGAAGGAUGGAACCGUAUCCAGGAAGUCACCAUUGAGGUGGUUCAACCCGUAUAUCGACAAGGAUGGAUUGAUUAGAGUUGGAGGAAGGUUAAAGUACUCCGAUGAACAGGAAAACACGAAACAUCCAGCGGUGUUACCAGCACGACAUCAUCUUACUCGAAUGAUUAUUAAACAUUUCCAUGAAAGGCUCUUACAUGCUGGCCCACAGCUUCUUUUGGGAGUAGUUCGACUACAAUAUUGGCCGCUUGGAGGGCGAAAUGUUGCCAGGGAGAUAGUGCAUCAAUGCGUCAGAUGUUAUCGUACGAAGCCGUCUACAACAGAACAGUUCAUGGGCGAACUACCACCUGCACGCGUUAUCGUUUCCCGACCGUUUACCAAAACAGGCGUAGACUAUUUUGGACCCGUCUACAUUCGACCAGUCCCGAGACGCCCUGCUGUGAAAGCUUACGUGGCCUUAUUCAUUUGUAUGUGCACCAAGGCGGUACACCUCGAACUCGUUUCGGAUCUCUCAACAGAACGGUUCUUGCAAGCCCUACGUCGAUUUAUCGCACGUCGUGGAAGACCUUGCGAUAUGUAUUCCGAUAACGGUACAAAUUUUGUUGGUGCCCGGAACAAAUUGAUAGAGCUAAUCCAUUUGCUGAAGAACCGUGUACACCAUGACCGAAUCGCUACUGAACUCACAAACAAUGGAAUCCAAUGGCACUUUAACCCCCCAAGUGCACCACAUUUUGGAGGACUCUGGGAGGCAGCAGUCCGGUCAGCUAAAACCCAUUUGCUUAAGGUAAUCGGAGAAAGCAUCACUUCAUCGGAAGACUUUUCCACAUUGCUGGUGCAAGUUGAAGCCUGCCUCAACUCCCGUCCAUUGGUUCCGAUGUCAGAUGACCCCGAUGAUCUGGAACCACUAACUCCGGCACAUUUCCUUGUGGGUUCGUCGCUUCAGGCUCUCCCUGAUUCUGAACUGCUGAAUAUCCCACCAAACCGUUUAAACCAAUUUCAACUGAUUCAACAGAGAAUUCAGCAUUUUUGGACUCGUUGGCGACGAGAGUAUUUGAACCAGUUGCAAGCUAGAACCAAGCGAUGGAAACCAGCAGUUCCCGUAGAACCAGGUAAACUGGUCGUCGUCAAGGACGAGAACGUUCCUCCAAUUCGCUGGAAAAUGGGUAGGAUCGUAGCAGUACACCCUGGUGAAGAUGACGUAGUCCGGGUUGUUACCGUGAAGACCGCCACUGGUGAAUUUAAGCGUCCAGUGGAGAAGAUUUGUAUUCUACCGAUUCCGAUAGAUGAUAAAGAAGAUAAUGCACCAUAGACAAGUUCAAGAUCCCCUCCCACACUCCCAUCCCGUCGAAGAGGAUUCUUUUGUAUCUUUUCAGAAAUCCGUCUAUUUCUGGGUGGGUGAGGAUGUACGAGAGUGGAUUAACAUCCCCCACGAACUACAACCCUGUGCUGCAAUGCAAUGAUACCACUGUGACCACUAUCGUUGUUGUGUACGAUGAACUACCUACGUUGCAGUUCAACAGAUGCAGAAAUCCGCCUUUGUAUCUGCUACAGCGUACUCGACAUCAAACAAUAGCUACCUUCCACCGUAUAUUCAAGCCAGUAGUGAUCACAACAGCCACGUCGAGUCGAGAGAACAUAGGUGCUGAAAGAGCUCUAAAACACCGAUGAUCACCCGAACGUUGCAGGAGAGUCUCUACAAUGUACGAAAAAGACUUUGGGCCAAGAGAUGACCAGAUACAACGACGGGAGAUCAGUCCACUUCGAUCGUCACCGCGAUGUUAUUAUUGUACCAUCGUCGUGAGUGUCAUCAUUAGUGCUGCAAGGAAGAUUCCAGACUACUAGAUAAGCGGAAUCUAGAACCAAGGACCGUGACAACCCUCCGCAGUGAUCCUCACCAACCACUCAAGUCCCACGUUAAUGACAAACCCCAUCAGUGUUGGUGUCGACAGGGAA